GUCCUUGCGCAUGCGCUUACUGAGCCGCUUCCGGUAGGCCGAGCACUCGUUUAGAGACAAGCAACACAGUGUGGUUUAUAUCUUUAUGGUCAUUCCUGCUUUUAUAGCUUUCUACUUAUUUGUUUAUCGCACGACUAACUACAUUUUUGUUCAUUUUUCGUGUCAGGAUAAAGUCGCCUCGGUGAACGGAAGCUUUUCAGGCUAGCUUAGCUCGCUAGUUAGCUUAGCGUGCUAGCCGCGGAAGUUAAUCAACACAUCGCUAAGCGGAGAAAAUGUGUAAAGUACAAAUGUUGAGAUUGUUGGUGAAUCAGCGACUAAAUGAGGCUGUGGAAGAAAUAUUUGUAGUGUUGGAAAGAACGAUAACAGAGUACGAAGAGGAACUUUCCCGAACCAAAGAGGAGAAGGAGCGACAACGUCAACUACUGGACGCUGUUUUUAAAAAGCUGCCGAGAACAGACGGCUUUGAAGAAAAUCUUCCUGAGCAGCUGGAGUGGUCUUCCAGGAUGGAGCAGGAAGCGGCACAGCCAACACAAACUAAGAGAGAUGAGGAGUACCCACAACCCCCUUGCCUUAAAGAGGACAUUAAGGAGCCACAGCUCAUUCACAUUGAAUGGAAUGAGGAAGGAGAGGAGCCCAAGCGUGUUAAGGAGGAAGGGGAGGAUCCACAGCACCCUCACAUUAAAGAAGAGGAAGAAAAGGUGCCAGAUUCCCCGAUGUUGGAGAGAAAAAGUCACAGCCCAGCUACCUUAAAAAUUAAAAGGAUGAGCCACAAACCCCCUCAAAAAAAGGAAGAGGAGGAACACAACAUGAGUCAAGACGGAGAGCAUCUUGAAGGACUGGAGGAGGUUGUCAUUGUGAAGAGGGAAGAUGGUGAGGGUGAAGGUGUGGAGAAGGAAGAAGUGGAGCCUCCAAAUCCACACAUGACAACAGAAGCUGAUGGAGACCACUGUGGAGGAUCACAAGCAAACAAGCCCUUCGCUCCACUAUCAGAUAAUGAGGAGUUAACAUCACACUCUCCUGACACUGAUGAUGAUGAUGAUGAUGAAGAAGAUGAUGACACUGAUGAUGAAGACUUUAAAGCCGACGUGACACCUCACACUGACAACAAACGCUUGAAGUGCUCUUACUGUGACAAAACGUUUAAAUACCCAUGUCAUCUGAAAACACACAUGAGAACGCACACUGGAGAAAAACCAUUCAUGUGCUCAGUUUGCAGUAAAAGCUUCACACGAAAGGAAUAUUUGAAAGUACACAUGAGAAUGCACACUGGAGAAAAAACAUUCCCGUGCUCAGUUUGUAGUAAAAGAUUCUCUUUAAAGGAAAGUUUGAACGUACACAUGAGAACGCACACCGGAGAAAAACCAUUCCUGUGCUCAGUUUGUAGUAAAAGAUUCUCUGUAAAGGAAAGUUUGAAUGUACACAUGAGAAUGCACACCGGAGAAAAACCAUUCCUGUGCUCAGUUUGUAGUAAAAGAUUCUCUGUAAAGGAAAGUUUGAAUGUACACAUGAGAAUGCACACUGGAGAAAAACCAUUCCUGUGCUCAGUUUGCAGUAAAAGAUUCCCUAUGAAGAAAAGUUUGAAAACACACAUGAGAAUACACACUGGAGAAAAACCGUACACGUGUUUAGUUUGUAAUAAGAGAUUCACUCAGAAAGGGAAUUUGAUGACACACAUAAAAACACACACCGGAGAAAAAGUGUGAGUUGCAGUGUGUGUGAUGAAAGAUUCUCUUAUAAUGUGUUGGUGAGUACAGCAGCAGCAAAUGAAGAUGCAGGAUGUCGGUCCUGUCAGACAAAUCACAUCUGCUGUACAGAUUUCAUUUACAAAAGUGUUUGAUACGUCUCUUUUUACCUUAUUUGUAUUUGCCUUUAAUAAAGUCUGUUUGCUAGAGGCACGCUUG